AUGAAUCCGUCGUAUCCGAGCUCAUCGGGGGAUCGCCACGGGCAGUCGCUCAAUUCGGCUGCAAAUUCUGGAAUGGGCGGUAAAGGUGGACCAUCGUCACAACCGACGCACAGCUACCAUCCGCAGCCGUCACUUGCGCAACUUAGUCACUUACAUCCGCUGCAUGGCGGCUCUCAGCAAUCUCAACAGCAGCAACAACACAAUAUGAUGCAUUCUGGUGGUUCUGUAUUGCCUCCCCCACCUAUGCCGGGAUCAAUGAGUGGAGGCGGUCUCAAUUCAACGCGAUCGCCGCACCCGCUUUCAGGCUCUAUUCUGCACCCACCGCGCGGCAACAUGGGCGGGUCUUCCAAUGCAGGUGGCCCGCCUUCCGUGCUGGGCAAACCCACGGGCAACCAAAACCCACAUUCAAAUAAUACGGGAAUCAUGGGCCAUUCGGUCCGGAUGCAGGCACCGAAUAUGAGUCAGAGUAUGGCCAAUGUGCAGCAGUCUAUAGCUUCGUCUUCAGGUGGUCUAAAACCGCCUUCUCAGAGCUACAAUGUACGUCCGCAAUCGCCUCCUCGUCGUUCCCAAGAGACGCAACAACAACAAGCACAACAGCAGCAACAGGUGCCAAUUCAACAGCACUAUGGGCUGGACGGACGUAUGAUUCCAAAUGAUCAAGUGGACGAUAGCUACUAUCAACAGCAAACGAUGAACGUUCCACCACCACGUCAUCGUGAACUUCGGGUUGAAGACGCACUGCUGUAUCUGGACCAAGUGAAGCAGCAGUUUGGCGACCAACCAGAUAUCUAUAAUCAGUUUCUAGACGUCAUGAAGGACUUCAAAGCACAAGCCAUUGAUACACCAGGUGUGAUCCUGCGCGUGUCGACACUCUUUCGUGGAUAUCCAAACUUGAUUUUAGGCUUCAAUACGUUUUUACCACCUGGUUAUCGCAUACGACCAGACACUUCCAUUGAAGUGAUUCCAUCGCAAAUGACGGGUCGUGGAGGCGUUCAGCAGUCAAUGUACCCAGGAGGACCACAACAGGCAAAUAGCACUCCCUUGGGCCACCGUCCACCACCUGUAACAAUUCCUCCUCCUCCAUACUCACCACCAGAUCUUCAUAAGUCUACGCCGUCGCGGCAGCAAUUGGCCCCUUCUGGUCAGUUAAAGCCAGGAGCAAAGACGAAGAAGCAGCAACAAGUUCCUGCUCCAGGUGGCACCAAUGCAGUAGUUCGAAACUCAACGAAUCCGGUAGAAUUUGACCAUGCUAUUCAUUACGUAACGACCAUUAAACAGCGCUUUGCCGAUGAACCCGAGACCUACAAGGAAUUUCUUGCUAUUUUGCACACAUAUCAGAAGGAACAACGAUCGAUCCGUCAAGUUUUGGAUCAAGUUUCGCACCUAUUUCGCGAUCAUCCGGAUUUACUGCGGGAAUUUACGUUUUUCUUACCUGAUGCAGUACAGGAGCAAGCUAAAGAGCGUCUAAAUCGUGCUGCUGAAAAAGCACAGCAAAGAAAGGACCAAAUGGCUUUAAAAGCGCGAAAAUAUGGCUCUUCCUCACAAGGUUAUCAACCAGAGCGACUUGAUGACCAUGGCGCUGACUCACCGUCUAGUGCUGCCAUGAAAGGUGGACGUACGCUGUCCAACGAUGAAGAUGCGUACGUGAAAUAUGGUAAAAAGGGACGAGGUUUUAAGGAUGAGGAUGGUCGAUUAAGUGGGAAAGCACUUGAACGUCGUGAGAAGGAGCGCGAGCGCGAACGCAAUCGCUCACAGUUUAAUCACAAGCGGACAAAACGCCGUCCGUACGAUGGAAAAGAACGCCGUGCAUAUUUGGCGAUCUCCGAUGUGCUUUUGGACAAAGAAGAGUGGUAUAUUUUUGAAAAGAUUAAAAAAGUAUUACCGUCGCGUGACAAUUGGCGCGAAUUUCUGAAGUGUUUGGAGCUGUACAGUCAAGAAGUCUUGGACCGCCAUGAAAUGCUGUCACUUAUCAGGAACCUUUUUGGCCGGCACACUGACUUAGUGGAAGAAUUUGACCACCUCUUGUGCUCACAUGGUGUACAGAAGACAUCGAAAGAAAUUUGGCCUUUCAUUCCUCUAGCAGAAACGGAUUUAUCUCAGUGUCGACGCGCUACGCCGUCGUACCGUGGAUUACCCGCCAGUUAUCCGAUUCCGCCUUGCUCGCAUCGCUCUGCGCUUGAAAAAGAAGUGUGCAAUGAUACGUGGGUUUCUGUGCCGACAGGAAGUGAAGAUUUCUCGUUUAAGAGCAUGCGGAAAAAUCAGUAUGAGGAAGCGCUUUUCAAAUGUGAAGACGAACGAUUUGAGAUUGAUAUGGUGAUUGAGGCUAAUGCGUCUACAAUAAGCAUUCUCGAGCCACUGGCACAAGAAAUUGAAGCUUUAAAGUCGAGUAACGGAUCUAAUAACGCCGACGAUAAGUUAUGGAACUAUGUUGUGGAAAAAGGCACGUUUCGUGUUACACACUUAAAUGCCAUUACUCGUAUCUAUGGCGAAGCAGGGUCGCAGAUCUUAGAACUGCUCCGAAAGUUUCCUGCUGGCGCGAUUCCGAUUAUUUUGAAGCGUUUGAAGCAGAAGGACGAAGAGUGGCGCCGGGCUCGUGAAGAUCUAAAUCGCCAGUGGAAAGAGGUCAAUGAAAAGAACUAUCACAAAUCGCUGGACCACACGAGUUUUUAUUUCAAGCAAAAAGAUAAGAAGCAAACAGGAAUGAAGAUGAUGAUGCAAGAGGCUAAGAAAAAACUGGAGGCGGUCGAAAAAUGUGCUGAAACAGCCAAGACUGACUCAAACGCUUCUCCAUCUACUGUUUCAGCAACUUCAACUAUUGUUGAUUCUAAAGCUCCACCCCAAGCUGCAGACAUCGCAAAUGCGCUCAAGAAAGAACAAAAUUUGGGCUUUGCAAAGCCACCUGUCAGCGCCGACAGCAAAGACGGGUCAACAGCGUCGCAGCCCACGCUUUUAACACAGUGGAAGCCUCAUUUCGUGUACAGUUUUGCAUCAGUUCAAAUACACAAGGAGGCGUACGGGUUACUGUCGUAUGCUAUUGAUAAAAGUCUGGGUGUGACCGACAAAGACAAGAUUUCAAAAGUUUGGCAGGCUUUCUUUUUUCCAUUUUUCCAUUUAAAGGAGGAGUGGCUAGUGCGAAAGCCGCAACAUUCAAUAUUGACUUACGAAAAGACUAAGACUUUGCGUGUUGGCACAGAAGUGAAUACAGAGUUCGGCGAGGGCACUAUGCAGCAUUUUCACCAAGAAAAGGGGUAUUUGACGAUCAAUAUGACUGCUAGUGGAUGUCAGGCAUACUUGCAACCAAGUGCUGUUACCGUUCAGGAAGCUGUAGAUUUUCCACCCGGGCUUCCUGAGCUCGAUAGCAUGCAAGAUGCGGCCAAAGUGCUUACAGACCGCAAGUCACUUUUCUUCGGAAACCAGCACGCGUACGCUUUCGUACGGCUGUACCAAAUUCUCCACAAUCGACUCGAGCGUGCGUACGACCUGUGUGAGAAAGCGAAGCGCAAUCGCAACCGUCGUACAAUUAAUCCAGCGGCUCGCGCAUUAGCCCAUGCCCAUCACUCGCUCACUGCAUCUAAGGAAAAGGCUGGUGACUAUCAAGCAUUUGUUUCUAAGUUGUUUUCGCUAAUUGAUGGCUCCGUGGACAACACUAAGUACGAGGAUUCCUGCCGUAGCUUGAUGGGCUCUACGUCCUAUUUUCUGUUUACAAUGGAUAAACUGGUGGCGCAAGUGCUUAAGCAGAUGCAACACCUGGCGAACGAUGACGUUUGUCAAGAAUUAAUAAAGGCAUUUGUUGAGAUACAAAGCGAGCAAAAGUCUAUAUCGGAUCCGGCAGAUGCUGAAGCUAAAGCUAUUGCGUAUCUCAACAAAACAAAGACAAUUUUCGAAGGUGAAGGUGCAUUUCGGAUUGAAUUCAAGCCUGGUGUUCUGCGCAAGACGCCCUUAGAAACGCGCGGUGGUGCCACACCAUCAGGCGCGUCCGAGCCCUUUAAGAUUUGGGCGCCAUCCCCUCGUGUAAAGGCUCCGGAAUACAGCAAGUGGCUUAUUGAGCCGGAGUUAGCUAUCGAGUAUCUGGGCUCUAUGGAUGAAGAUGGCGACGAGGACGACGAGGAUGAAGAUUCUCCCAGUGCGACACCAGUGGACACGCCGUCAGCAACACCCAUCUAUGGUUCUCCUGCACACGAUUCACAGGACGAGGAAGAUGAUUUUAUGGAAGCGUCGAAGGAAAAGUGUAUUAGAAAGCAAGCAACAUUGCCGACAGCAUCAUCUGUAAGUGUCGAGCAAAGCGAUAGCGUUUCAUCUGAUGACGCAAGCAGUGUUGCGUUUGAGUCGGCGACGCUACUGAAGAAGCGUGGCCGUGACUCGCCUGAAGAAGGCAGAGCGAUGGUAGAGCUAUCAUUGUCGACUUUAGUGGCAGCGGAUACGGUGGUUGCGGCGAAAAAAGUGAAACUUACAGCUGAUGGCAAGCGUACAGUCGCCCUGCAUGAAAAAUGCAAUCUGACUGAAGCAAAUAAUGAGAAUGCUUUAAUGCUCAAUGCUGAAGAAGAUAUGUUGACACGUGAAGUCGAGAAGUCUCCGGAGUUUUGUGAGCGAAUUGCCGACAAAGUUAAGGAUGAUGAAGCAUCCUUGCUAGACACGGUAAAAGGAGUAAUGAGAUCAAGUAAAGACUGCGUAGGGGUAGUGACUGAAAUAUCACAAGCUUAUUCAGGUGAUCUUAAAGCUAGUGCUGGUGGUGUAGAGCACUAA